GCCGGAGGAAAGGAGGAGGGGAGCUGGAAUCGUUAGUAUUGUUUGAAGUUCAGCGUUGCGCGCGGGAAAAGAAGAGCGAAGGCAGAAAAAGCCGCGGUCACUCAACUGCCGAGCAGAAACACACCACGGUCGAUCGGCGUCGUGCGAGUUCGUGGCCAUUCGAGUCCCUCCCAACCGCAGCCACUGCCGGGCGGCUCCGGGACCGGGCUCUUGCGGACCACCGCCUCUCCUUCCUGCUCUGUGCCGGCGAGUACUUUAGGGGCAAACUGGGAUCCUUCCCAUCCCGCGUCUCCUCCGAUGGAGAACUUCCAGAAAGUGGAGAAGAUCGGGGAAGGCACCUACGGCGUGGUCUAUAAAGCAAAGAACAAAGUCACCGGCGAGGUGGUCGCGCUUAAAAAAAUCCGCUUGGACACGGAGACAGAAGGAGUUCCCAGUACUGCCAUCCGAGAGAUUUCUCUCUUAAAGGAAUUGAACCAUCCCAACAUAGUCAAAUUGUUGGAUGUAAUCCAUACUGAAAACAAACUCUAUUUGGUCUUUGAGUUCUUACAUCAAGAUCUAAAGAAAUUCAUGGAUUCUUCUACUUCUAUCAGUGGUGUAGAGUUACCUCUUAUCAAGAGCUAUCUGUUCCAGCUGCUGCAGGGUCUUGCCUUUUGCCAUUCCCAUCGUGUCCUCCACCGAGAUCUUAAACCGCAGAACCUCCUCAUCAAUGCAGAGGGAGCAAUAAAACUUGCUGACUUUGGGCUAGCACGGGCAUUUGGCGUGCCUGUGAGAACCUACACGCAUGAGGUGGUGACGCUUUGGUAUCGAGCUCCAGAAAUUCUCCUUGGCUGCAAAUACUACUCAACAGCAGUGGACAUAUGGAGCCUUGGAUGCAUCUUUGCAGAGAUGUUAACCCGUAGAGCUCUCUUCCCUGGGGACUCAGAAAUUGACCAGCUAUUUCGCAUCUUCCGCACACUGGGCACUCCGGAUGAGACCGUGUGGCCAGGUGUCACCUCUAUGCCUGACUAUAAGUCCAGUUUCCCCAAGUGGGCCCGGCAGGACUUCAGCAAAGUGGUACCACCGCUGGAUGAAGAAGGCAGAAAACUUCUAGCACUAAUGCUGCAUUAUGAUCCCAACAAGAGAAUCUCGGCCAAGACUGCUCUCAAUCACCCCUUCUUUCGAGAUGUCACAAAGGCUUUGCCACACCUCCGCUUGUGAAAUGGAACUGGAGCCAACCGAGUUGCUGCAGUGCAGGCUCUGCAACAUGCCUUUUCCUCGGGCAGCCCUAGUUGCUUGCACUUAACUUUUCAACUGAACCCUGGAGAGAACACUGGAGGUCCAGUUGGAGCGCAGCCUACACCUUUAGGAUUUUAUUAAAGCACUAAACUGAGUUUGAGGAUUCACUGGUUCCAAACUGCCUUGUGAAGAGAGAAGGGUCUCCAAAGCUACCAGCCCCAAGGAUUCAACUUGCUUGAGGCAUCCCUUUCAUUCUUCGCAUGUUUUAUCCACCCACGAGUUCCAUGCCUUCCUUCUUGGUGACGUCUUCAAAAUAAUGCAUUCUGUAUUUGCUUACUCUCCAGCUGUUGACAUCUUGCCACAAGUACAGUGUAGAUGCUUCUCUUCCUUUCAAGUAUAGAAGGGACUUUUAUUAGAAGGGCUAAGGGACUUUGGCAACAUCUGUCAUGGUGUUUUCAUCUGCGAUGUUGGUCAGUUUGACCCACUGAUUACUAAAAUAAUCCCGAAGAGGUGGGAUUGCUGAAGCUGGUGGUACAGUACGCCUUGCUAACUAUUCAAAUGAAUACUGGCUGCAUUGCUAAGCUCUUUUUGACAUCUGGUAUGGAGAAUAGGCUGUUUAAAGAAAGAAAAAACUCAAAAAAAAUUGCUCAUUUGGUGGGGAAAUGGGCAAAUGUUUAUUCACCCAGUAUUGAAUUGUAUACCUGUUUUCUUAUUCUGUAUCAGUGAGCUGAUGGUCUUUCUGAGUUUGUAGCCAAUUAAUGCCUUAUGUUUGGCAAUUAUGGUUUGCCAUUCCAAUGCUGUCUUCAAAGAACAGUCGGGAAAGUUUCAAAUGUUAAUUCCAAUGGAUUGGCCUUGCAUCCUUGACUUUACGUAACGUAUCUUGCAAAUAUAGAUGCUUAAAUUAUAUGUGAGCUUUGAAAUACAUAUCGAUUGUCUCUCUUAUAAUCUACAGCCAUACAUCUUGAGCCAAAUAUGAGUCAUAACCCUAGCUAGAGAAUUCACAUUAGCAAACUUCUGGUUUGGUUUGGAGAGCUGGAAAUAUCAAUAUCUACAUCUUUGUGUCACCGUGUUUUGGAGACAACCGGAUUGUUCAAAUUACAUCAGUUGAAUGUCAUCUAAGUUCUGAUUUAAAAAAAAAAAAAA